CCUCUACGCCGGAAAAAGCUACCUUUUUCUCCCCUGCUUCCUUAUAUAUACGAACGAGUUGAGCAAAAUAAGUGUUCGAUUGUCCAGCCGAAUAACUGAAACAUGGAUUCGGCGGUGGAACCGCUGGUUCGAGGCCAAAAAUCGGCGAGAGAGCUGAAGAAGAAGAUCCAAAACCAAGGGUUAUCAGUUGAAGCAGAGGAUCUAGCCGAAUCAGUCAUCAAUUCUUUCUCUAGUGCCAUUUCCCAUCUGACCAACAGCGCUCACCCCCUCCACCAUCGAUCCUCCGACUUCUCUUCAAAUUCCACUGCCUCCUCCUCCCACAUUCCACGCAGACCAUCGAAGAGGAACAGACAAGCGGACGAGGUGUGCUCCAGACAGGAUUCCCCGUUUCCGAACUACCCAGAUGGGUUUGUAUGGAGGAAGUACGGCCAAAAGUGCAUCAAAUCUUCUCCACUCCACCAGAGGAGCUACUAUAAAUGCGCGUACAUGGAAGAAUGCAAUGCCAAGAAGCAUGUGCAGAAAAUACAAGACAAUCCUCCGGUGUACCAAACCACUUACUUGGGCCGACACACAUGUCAACAUGAUCAAACUCCGGUUUUCCAGAUCUUGUCGGAUUCUGCUCAUGACGAAGUCGACGGUUCUCGGAUGAUCCAUUUCGGAAAACUCGACCAAGAAACCAACCCGGUUUUCACAUCAACCGGACCGGUUAACAAUCAUAGAGAGGUGUCCAAAGACGACCAGAUGAGCCAGGAUGAUUGCAUUGAUCAAUUCUUUGCAGACGACGUCGAAUUGUGGCCGUUGGAUUCGCCUGCGUCAUCGGCCGGCGAUAUCAUGAUUGGAUCGUCGCAGUUGGACUUGUCCGAUUACGACCCGUUUCGGUUUAUGAUCUGAAGAGCAUGACUCCAUGCUCAUUAAUUAUAUGAUGUUUUAUAUAUUUAAAUUGUUUUUAGUUUGAGUUUUGUUGUUGGUUACUACUUUUGUAAGCUGAAGUUUCUAUCUUUGGACCGGUUUUGUUUCAAUAA